GAAAUUUCCAAGAAGACAGGAACUUUUUGUGUCAAAAUUUGCCUUGUCGCAAAUUCCCAUAAAGUAGCAUAGAACCCCGCAAAAUGUGUAACGUUUUCAGUAUAUAUGAUAUAUCGUAGACUAAUAUUAUUGAUAAUAGAAAUUGUGUCAUCCCAGCUGACGUUAAGAGACAUAUUUAAAAGAUGGCCAAGUUAAAAGUGAGGAACACUUCUAAUAAUUGAAGAAACAGCAAAUCACUGUUGAAAUGAUCGACAUGGAAACAGACUCGGUAGAAGACCAGCUAGGAGAUAUAAGACAGUUUUCUCAGCACAAACUCCUGCUGGAGGUGGACAGUGAGCUGGACUCAGGAGAUAUAGAGAACAUGAAAUUUUUGUGCCAGGAUGUUAUUCCUUUGAGUAAACUUCAGAAGAUUGACCGAGGAAUUGACUUAUUUGUUCAACUUGAACAUGCAAACAAGAUUUCACCGAAAAAAGGAGACAUGGAAAUGCUUGUUGAGAUUCUAUUUAGAGUGCGAAGACUUGAUUUGGUAAAAAAAUUAGGACAAAAUUCUAAGGAAGUAAGGAGAAAAUAUGGUGGUUCUGACCGUGCCGUCUCAACAAACCUAUCGCCAUUAAGAAAUUUACUGUAUGAACUGCUUGAGGAAUUGACCCAUGACGAAUUUGUUACAACAAAAUUUGUGUUACAAAGUGAAUUUGGAAAAGGAACUAUGUCAAAAAUAAACUCAAUGAUGGCACUUUUUACCUUCCUCGAGCGAGAGCAGGAGCUCGAAAUAGAAGAUAUUGAUAUUCUCUACAGAAUAAUGGACAUCGUUAAAAGGACAGAUUUGAAACAGAAAAUUCAGGAAUAUGAAAAAUAUCCAUAUAAGAAGGGUCGACCAGGCCGACCUGUCCUGCCUGUCACUGGACUAGGACCUAAACCAACAAAGACACCUGUUAGACCCGUGCCUUCUAGUGGGGUCCAAGUGUCGGCAAGUGACGUUGAAAUGAUGGAUACUACGAACGUACAGCCGCCCGCCCCAACAGGAACUGGACUCCUAGACAGCCACCUGUAUAGCAUCAGCGUAGAACUAGCCAAGGAAACAAGAUGGAGGGCUUUGUGUGGUGAACUAAACAUAAACAUUGAAGACUUGGAUGAACUGACAGCGACAGCAGAUUCUCCGGCGGGGAAAGUUUACCUGAUGUUAAUGUACUGGAGAGAAAGUGUUGUAAAUGACAGUCCUAACGCUGGCCGUAUGCUGUAUCUUGCUCUGUAUCAAUCAAAUUUUCAAAUUCUGGCAUUGAAUCUGGCACUGAAGAAUUUAUUCCCAGGAGUCGUUAUGGAGCCCAUUCCAAAUAAACCUGAAGACAACACACAGACCGGUACGACAGAACAGGUUAAUCCUCCGACACAACCUGUACCUCCGCCAGCUCAGGGCAGUGAUUCCAGCAAUGAAGCGUCGCCCAACAUCGCUCAUGUAGCUCCUCUUCCCCAGACAGGCCCAAACCCAGACACACAAGAACAAGCAAAUAUUGCUAUUCAUUCAGAAGAAGCACAGAUAUCCAUUAUAAAUCCAAACCCACCAACCACAAACCAGCAAGUUCAGCAGAGUGGUCAGACAGUUGUGCCAGCUGACGGUAGAAUGUCCGGAGCUGUUGAGUUACAAAGACAGGCAGUGAAUGAGACAGAACAACAGAGACAGGACAAUGAUUUGGUACGACAGCUCCAGCGCACCCAUGUCGACAACGAACUCGAUCUGCCUAGUUACAAAAUGGAUGCCAAACCUAGAGGUGUUUGUGUGAUCAUCAACAAUGAGGAGUUCUACAAGAUCCCAAGAGACGAUACUAGUAAGGAAAUGCCUAACAGAACCGGGACACACAGAGACGCAGAGAGAUUGACGUAUAUAUUCCAAAAGCUUGAUUUCCUAGUGGAGAUGCACAACAACCAAACCGAUAUCGAGAUAGCCCAGCUACUGAGCGGAGUGGGUUACCGUGAUCACAAUAACUAUGAUUGCUUUGUCUGCUGUAUUUUGACCCAUGGAGCUUCUGGACACAUAUUUGGUAGUAAUGGAAAGAUGCUGAGAAUUAACAUACUGACAGGAUUUUUCCGGUCGCAGGUAUGUCCAUCUCUGGCUGGGAAACCAAAACUUUUCUUCAUCCAGGCCUGCCAGGGAAGGGAUAAACAAGGAGGUUAUGACUUAGAACCAGAUGCUGCAGUGGAAAUCCAUCACCCGCGUAAGCCAGACUUGGGGGUGGACAUUAAUGGGAGAGAGAUGAUUCCAGACGAGGCGGACUUCAUUCUGGGGUAUGCAACUGUUCCUGGCUAUGUGUCCUACCGAAGUAGAAGCCAGGGAAGCUGGUUCAUCAACAAGCUUGUUGACAUGCUGGACAAAUACGCAUACAGGUAUGAUCUGCUUAGUGUGCUGGUCAAGGUGAAUGAGGAGGUGGGAAAUGCCAUAGCUAAUGUCGACGGUGGCCGAUACAAACAGAUUCCAGCCCCUCUGGUUACGCUAAGGAAGAAGCUAUACUUUCGCUAAACCUUUUAUAUUUCGCAUCAAGACUGAAAUUCGAAAUAUGUGAGAUAAUAUUGUGAUAAUCAACAGAAAACGUAUUGAAUGUGUUUGAUCAUUCUUAUAUUUAACAUGUAAUCAUGUUUGAUAAUACGCCAGGAGUGAUGUAAUCAUGUUUGACAAUACGUAAUUGUACAAUGUUUAUUUGCUACAGCCAAAAUUUUUCUUAAAUCAAUAAUUAUACCCCCCGCAACGAAGUUAGGGGGGGUAUGCUAGAAUCAGGUUGUCCGUCCGUCCGUCUGUAGACACAACAAUGUACCGGCUACUCCUCCUAAACUACAGAUCCGAUUUCAACGAAACUUCAUGACAAUAAUCCUUAUACAUAGUAGAUGUGUGUAAUCUAUAUCACGUCGUAAUUUUUUGGUUACCAUGGUAACCAGGACACAAAACUUAGUUUUUUCGGCGAGUUUGUAGAUGCAACAAUGUACCAGUACUCAUCCUAAACUACUGCUUCGAUUUCAAAAAACCUUAAUGACAAUUACCCUUAUAUAUUCUUAGAUGUGCAAAACCUAUACCACAUUAAAGUUUUGUAGUUACCAUGGACGAUUUCGAAAGACUUAAAUGGUCAUUAUGAUGCAUUUGUUGUAUAUUUAUUGUAUGAAUGAACACAUCGUAACGAUGGGGGUUACAGGAGCGGGGGGUAUGAGUUGGCCCUCUGGACGACAAUUCUAGUUUAAACCUGGUUUAGAAAAAAAGGUGGAUACCCUAUAGUGAUUGUCUGUCUAAAACACUUAUAUGUCUGCUUCAUAUCAUAAUAAAGGAUGAAUCUUUGCA